AUGAACGGUUUGAUUCCUUUGGACGACUUCGAGGCGGCGCUUGCCCAACUCCACUCGGAGAAAAUCAGCAGCAGCAGCCAGCGCUCAAACACUGCCGAUGACUCGACUUUUACUGCCACCGAUCAGCGGAGCGUAGAUCAGUGCGCUAUAGAGCGAGCCGGCAAGUCGGUCAAUAGCUGGAGCAUCACCGGAGACAGAUCGUUCAAGCGCUCAGCUGCGAAAGAGCGACCCACUCGCCCAGGCUCGCCAAUCGCCGGGCCGGCCAAGCUCCCGCCCGAGCUCAUCUUUCACAUCGCUCUGCUCUUGUCCAGCGAGUGCGCCCCGUCAACGCCAUCAUGGCGCCUGGCUGUUUGGCCAGCAGCCGCAUGGACGGACAGCGAUGGCACAACUGUCGUGUCAGCAGGUCAGGCUGGUGAAUCGAUAGCUCCAAGCGCUCGGAGAGUGCUCAGGACGCUCAUAGGCUUGUCAGCGCUCUCCACGGGCUUGCGCAGACUCAUCUCGCCCCUCGUUUGGCAAAGGAUCGACAUCAGCUACCCAUCGCGAUUAUCAUCUCUCCACGCGCUCUUGAGCUACUACUUGCAUGCCCAAUCCUCCAAGAGUCACGAUCGACUCGUCUCGCCCUUGACGCAUGUGCGACGAAUGCAUCUCUCACUCCCCAGUAGGUACUCGAGCGUGGAUCAAGACAGUCUGGUCUCACUCUUGAACGGAGGAGUCCGCUCGGAUCUGCUUCAAGAAUUCAUCUUCGAAGCUGGAGAGCCUCCAAGCGGCAGCCUUCUGCGCGCGCUGCUGCCCACCUCCCAAAGGGCGCAAGCUGACAAGCGGGUCAAGGCGCAGAAGAUCGCCGCCGAGAGGUUACGCAGCACCUCUGUGGGAAACAAAUCCGGUAUCACGAUGACUUUUGGCCCGACUGGUCUGAGGCAGAUCAGAGUUAGGAGCGAGAUGAGCGACGAGGUUAGACAGUGGGAAAGAGAAGCUCGACCGGGCGCAUAUCCCGCCCUCGCGGUCACUUCGGUCGAGCCCGAAUCCACAUCGGCGGUUGAAAAUGGAGAGGCGAGCUCCGAUGGCUCGGUGAAGACGGGUGGAUUGGAAGAGGAGGAGGACUCGUCGCCGACUCACGGCUUGACAGCGCUCAGCAUGUCGUGCUCCAUCUUUUGGCCUGGUCACGCUUUGAUGUCUUCAUUCAGGAACAUACAACAUCUGCGUCUCACAUCGUACGAAGCGCACCUCUUGCCUCAGCAUCUUCCCGCCAUGCUCUUGGCAUUGACCAAGCCUCUCAAGAGCCUCAGCAUGAGCACGAGCAAGACUGCAGUUCUGCACGUCAGGGAGCUGAUAGACUUGGGCGUAUGGCGAGGAUUAGAAUCGCUGGACGUCUACGCUGUGACGCCCGAACCGCCCUUGGCCGAAGCUCUGAGGAGCGCUAGAAAGACGCUCAAGCAUCUGCGGCUAACGCUCGACAUCAAUGGAGCAUUCGGCAACUACGAUCGAUUGUGGAGAGACUUGACGAAACGUCAGGAGGCCAUUCAUGGUACAGAGGAUGGCAAGCAUGCGCGUGCGCGUGCGCACGAGCACAAGCACCAGCACGAUCAUCCACACGAAGACGACGAAGGUUUGCCAGCACUGCAAGUACUGCAAGUCGAUCCUUUUCCUCAACAACACACCUCGCCUUCCUUUCCCGACUUUGUCCGCGCUUGCCCCUCCUUGCGCCUCAUCAACGGAAGGGAUGCUAAUCGUCUCAGGCUGAAUGGCUUUGAGCUGCUGGACCCGGAUCAUUACACUGGCGCUUUGGCCUACUAA